AUGGUCCCGUCAUGCAUAGCCACUGGCUCGUCGACCCAAGUGUCUUCCUCCGGCCCAACAGAUCUGGUUAACUCACCCUCCUUCGGAUUUGAAAGUCUCCCGGCCGAAAUACAAUGCGAGAUACUACAACAUACCACCGAUCCCAAGUGUCUGUUCAGUCUUAUCACAGCAUCUCCAAGAUUCUUCCAAGUCUUUAAACAAUUCCGGACACGCAUUAUCUCUGAGAUGGCCCGCAACUAUAUCUCCUAUGAACUUUUACCCCUCGCCCUCGAAGUACAUGAAAGAGGAAAGGUACGAGGGGAAAACUUAGAUUGCAACCAAGUUGAAGAGACUUUGAAUAAUUUCCCCGAUGAUUUACCUCUGCCAGUAGAACACUUUUCUUUGCAAACUUCCAUCGCCCUGCUACGUUUCCAUAGACUUGUCGAAAAGUUUAUGGGAGAAUUCGUUGCUGAACGGCUCGAGAUCAUCGAGGAAUAUCUUCGUCCUGACACCUCUUCAAGCACUACCCCAGUCACGUAUUCGUUGACGGAUCCAGAAAGGGCACGAUUAUCACGAGCUUUCUACAACCUCGAACUUUAUGGACUCUUGUUUCCCUCGUCACGUCCUGCCCCCAUAUUGAUGGACCUUGAAGCUCAAGCUGCAAAUUUCCUCGGGAAAAUGACUGCAGGACAGAGAGAAGCAGUUUUAUGUUUGCGAAUCUUCUUUCUAGAACGGCUUAGAAUGUUUGUCAAUCAAUUCGAAGACGACUUCAUGGAAGAAUACCAGACUCUUGAGCCACAUCCAUUUCAUCAAGACCCGCUGAGUAGGUGGGAAUCAAACGACUGGUUCUUUUCACACCGUAUGUACCCUCAAGGACUAGAUUUAUGGCAGGAAGAUUGUAUUACACGAGGCCUACAUAUGCUUAGUAGGAUGUUCUCUGCUUCUAAUUCCGAGGAAAGGCGUGAAGUUGCCGGUAACACAGACAUCCCGCAGAUGACGAUGUCUAGGUGCUUGUGUAUACUCCUAGCAUGGAAACGUGCUCAAACCCGAAAUCCAGAAAUUGACUUGACCGAAUCAGAGCAUGCUGGUGAAAAGAAUGACACGGUUAUAUUAUCUUGGGUUAAAGAGGCUCGUAAACGCAAUGGUUAUUAUCUAGAUGAGCAAGAAAUUGAGGGCCUGCGAAGAUGGGGAUAUGUAAUUUGGGACCAUCGCCGGUUAGAGGAUCUUGGUGUCUUGAAACGCUGGUAUGUUGAAAUCGCUAACCCAAUCCCCCCAAUUAGUAUGUUUGAAACUAACUUCUGCUUUGUGUGGGAUAGCGCGCUGAAUGUUGCAAGGCGUUGCGUGCAACAUCUAGAUCGAAGAAACAGAAAUUGCGUCGAAUUCUGGGCAAGAGAUCUGUGUAAAAAGUGGGCUGAGGAGGGUUUAAUACCGGAAGAUUGGGAGGAUGUGCCAGAUGGACCUUGGAACAUUUGUUAUCUGGAGUAG